CUAAGAUACGAGCGUGCACACUUGGCUUAUCUGGGAACAGUGAAGAAUGUUCUGGAUGGAGAGAGCGGACUAUAUGGCCAGCAGACAAUCACGGGGGCAAUGAGGAAAAUAUCUACACCAGAUCCUUUUGGUGGGUAUACAGACAUAGAUGGCUGGUGUGGGGUAACAGUGACUUCACACUACCUGGUGGACUGCCUCAUACAAGAGUACCAUAGGGAGGUGGGCACGCUCAAUCUGCUCCUUCAAGGCACUUUUGGUGAGGUCUUGAGGGCUGACCACACCCGAAAGGUGGCACGGAAGGUUGUCCUGGCAUCAGGCACAAUGUCAUCUUAUGCAGUUAUGAAUGAAAACUGGAUGAUUUUGUCCUGGGUGAUGCUGCAGUCAGAAAGCGACAAGUCUCUGGAGCCAAUGUACGACGGGCUGUCCCGGCGUUACAUUUCUGCAGCGCUGCCAAAAGCAAAGUACCAGUGGGUUGACAGGGAUUGCUGCUCUCCAUUCAGGAUCCCAAACUCCCAGCCUCAGGAGCAUCUUCUCUGGGAUUCCUGGAAGACCACAGAGGCUAUAGUGGGUGAAGCAACAUCUGGAGACUUCACCAAUAGAUGUGCAUCCCGUACCAAAUACAACAGAGAAAUAAGCAUCAAGCUGGACUUGUUUCACUGCAUGCGGCGGUUCACCAGGGAGUGCAUCUCAGAGCAUCAUCCACUUCACAGCUCCUUCUGCAAGUUCCUUUCGGCAGCUUUUUGUGUGGUGGACCAAACCGAUCUUCAGAGGCUGAAGGAGGCCUACACCUUCUGUGGGAUCCAGCCAGCUAACCCCACAAAGCAGCACAUCAGGGAGCACUGCCGCACCAAGAUCCCAGAACCCAGAGAGCUGCUGGUGCGGGUGGAGAGUGUUCUGAAGAGGUUCUUUUUGGAAUCGGAUCCAGAUGGCAUACCACUGUUUAAGGCAACAAUGCUGAAAGUGUGGAGGAUUCAGCGCGUUCACAUCCUCAGGGGCUGUCUGAGCGACCCGGAGGUGGGAGACGGGAUCCUCUACAGACACGGUGGCACGUUACAGCUGAACCACAUCAAGGGGGAAGCGGCAGCGGUACCGAUCUGGAUCCCGGUGCGAGGAACAUCCCAGCAGGAGGGAUUUCAUUUCCACCAGUCCAAAUGGGUGACAGGAAAUCAGGUCUCGACAGAACUUUUCCAGGCCCAAGGCAUGACUGGAGUAGCUCGGUGGAACUUCCAGCGCCUUGUGAGCCUGAAGCAACCUGGUCUGAAGCUUCCUUCAGUUUUUAAUCCAGCUCUGAUUGUACAGCUGAACAAACUGUCAAAGGAAGUGACAGGACAAGCUAAGUACCCUGCCUUAGUGUUGUCACGGGCCGACACUGGGGAAAGGUUUGGACUGCAGUAUGUGGAGCCUGGCUGCCGUCCGGUUCCUCUUCACUGGGACAAACACAAGUCUCAGAGAGACCCGGUUGUUGAGGAAGAAGAGCGUUUGUCUCCAGAACCACCUCCUUCCAAUGAAACAGUCAUCGACCUGCCUGAAGAACAUGGAGAAGAACACUCUGCUCAUGAUAAUGUCUUAGGUGUGGUUGCUGAUGACUCACUAGCAAUGACCCAAGCCCCUGAAGUGAAAGAUGUCUCAACGACACCACCACCACUGCCUUUUGCUGCCUCUCCACGCGCAGCUCGCACUGGUCCUAUCAAAGCAGGGGGUCUGCUUUUUGUCCUGGACCAUUCUCGUUGGACAAAUCCAAUGAGAGAUGCCAUUGAUGUCCUUCUGGCAAAGCACCAUGGACAAAAGGACUUUCUGAGCAAGGUAGACGCAGAGUAUGCCGCCCUUGUUCAAACUGCCUCCAGGAAUCCCAACAGCCUCCUCCACCCCACCACUAAACAGCACAUCUCCCGCUACGUGAAGCACAUGGCGAAGAUGAUUAACAGAAGUUCGUCUAUGAACACUAGUCCCGAAAAACUUUUGGAAACCCAGCAGCUGUGGCAUAAACUCACUGAAGGCAGUGAAACUGUCACUGUGCCAGUUGUGACUCUCCCUCCUGCUCCAGUGAACCCCCCCAGCUCUAAACCAGAUGAAGCUCCUUUAACGAAGACUGACGUUGAAAAAAUGGUGAAGGAGAUUGUAGGUCUGCAGCAACAACAGCAGAAACCUGAAAAAAAAAUGACAAGGAACUGUCUUGCUUGUGGGCAGCCAAAGUCUCGUUACCUUGGUGAUGGAUCUUCUGUUCAUUUCUUUUAUCAGUCUGGGGAUGUGAGAUACUUCUACUGCUCCAAAAAAGUACUCCAGAUCUAUGCAGCAGAAGGCCUUACAAACCCCAGGAUGCCAUUUGCAGACUUUGCUGCCACGCCAUUUUUUGAGAGAGAGUUAAAGGCUGCAAAGCAGAGGUCUGCACAAUGCAGAAAGGUUUUGGAGGACCGACAGAAAAGAAAGGCAAGGGAGCAGCAUCCCAGUGGGCGUCUGUGCAGGUUCUGCCACAAACCACUGAAACAAGGUCCAGAGAGUCCACACAUACACACCGGGUUCCCUGGUGUUGUGGGGAAGUAUGUUUACUGUCCUGCCAGAGUCUUGUCCCUCCACCGGGCAAAUGGGAUGACUCAAGAAAUGACCUGGGAGGAGUUCUCUCAGUCUCCUUUUUAUGAGGCUGAAAAGAUGAGGUGGGCUGCUGGCCGGCAAGCAGAAGAGGGAAAGAGAUAGCUUUAUGUCUGUUCUAUUUGUUAUCAAAAGAUGUUGCUGUUUUGACCACUUUUGUCUCAUUUUACCUCAGCUUGUCAUAUUGGAUGAGAAAUAAGUGUAAAACGUCAAAAUCUCUGCUAAACCUGUCUAUAUGUUUGCCUGUAUUAAGUUCUCUUCUGAUAACACACUGAUUAUGAUAGAACUCGUGAUGUUAUCUAUCAAUGUGAAAAUAUUUGUAAUUUAGUUUGUGAAAUCUAUUUUGUGAAUACAAUUUUCUUACAUAUUUAUUAUUAGUGUUUAGUUUUGAUAGAAAAAGCAAACAUAUUUACUACUUCCUCAAUUCAUUUUACACCUUUAAAAUACUUGUAUUAAAGUUUUGCCUGUUUAAACCCUUCUGCCCUUCAAUUGUAAAUCCAUGGUUGAACAUUUUGGUACAUUUUGUGUUAAAUACUGUGUUUUAUUUAUGUUCAUGUUGAUUUCUUAAUAAAACAUGGUUGAAAUUGAAAUGAGCAACAGAUCAUGACUGUUAUUUGGAACAAGGAGAGACAGAAGUAGAAAACAAUAAUUAUGAAAUGUCAUAUUCAGUUUAACAAAAACAUUUAUUAUACCACAACUUCUGACUGACAUCACUCUAACCGGGGUUCGAACUCGGGACCAAAGGAUUUCAUCAGCUUGGACAGCGCUACACAAGCCACAGCUUGAUUGGCUGACUAUGCUGCAGUAGCUGCAAUUUGAUUGGCUGUUCCGUGUUACAGGUAUAUACGGCUGGCCCGCGCGAGGGGGCGGCAUUUGCCGUGCCUGAGGCGUUACACCUAAUGU